AUGUACGUCAAUCCAUUCAGGGACAGGAUCUGCAAGGUUUUCUCCACAGACGGCUACUUUACAUUUGAGGACAUCCUCGGGUUGGCGUCCGUCUUCAGCAACUCGGCAUGUCCCAGCCUCAAGAUUGAAUAUGCUUUUCGGAUAUACGAUUUCAACGAUGAUGGCUUUAUCGAUGAGGAAGACCUCCAAAAUGUCAUCCGCAGAUUGGUCGACAGAAAUAACCUCAGCGAGGAAGAGAUUGGAGCCCUGGCCAACCACGUUCUGGAUGAGGCAGACCUGGAUAAGGACAGAAUGCUCUCCCUAGCAGAGUUUGAGCAUGCCAUGACCAAGUCUCCAGACUUCCUACACUCCUUUAGGAUCUACUUCUGA